AGUAAAAUGGCCAGUGUUAAUUAUUUGGUGUUACAAUUUUCAGAGUUGAUUAGUGUUGAUUAGUGUACAGUUUAGAGUUGUUUGACCAAAAACAUUCACCCAUAGUGUAAUUUAAACGUUCAGCCUAGCGUUCUAUGUGGGUGUAAAUAUUAAAACGCUUGGGCGGAGUAAUCACCUCAUCCGGUUUCUGCAUGCGUGGUGAAGAAGAGGACCGUUGACGCCGAGAGACGGACGCCAUUGUUGAAGGCUGGCAGCGCAAGUUUGAAGGUUAUGCAUAAUGCUCCUCAAAGUGGAAUACCAUGGACUUAGAAAGUACCUAAAACUACAGCCUGGAUUUUCAUAUGGAAGUUUCAUUGAAGAAGUCAAGAACAAAUUUGGGAUCCCUCUAUCAAUUGAGUUGCUGUUCCUUGAUGACUCCGAUACUGUGGUGGAUGAAGAAGUAAUCCAUGACAUCCUUGAAGCCAACCCAAACAUAUGUCUGUUGGCCAAAGAUUUUGAAGAAUUUACACCAACAGGUUCUUCUACACCAAACUCUUCAAGAGAUGCUCAGUCGCUUGAUGUAGAAAUGUCAUCUUUGAGCCAGGCACAUCAGUCCAGUGUUGCAGAGGGCGCCCACACUUUUGCCGCAGAUGAUGCUGCAGAAAUGGCCAAAAAGAUAGUCCAGGAGGCUCUGGAGAAGAAUGCUGGCGGAGAAGAUGUAAUAGAGGAGUAUAGAAGAUCCAAGACCUUGACACACAACACAAGAAGACAUCUUGUGAAUAUCCUUGUCAGCCACAUGGUUGAAAAACAUGGCAGAAUCCCAGUUCGAAUGCAAAGAGAAAAAUACGGACUUGGCAUUGUGACCCUGUUUCCAAAUCUCAGGGAUCCUUUCUCCACCAAAGGCUAUGAACACUUCUAUGAUGGUGCAAGUGGAACUGGCUACCUGGCCUGGCGCCUAAAAACUGUGCAGAGAAAAGUUACAAAAAGGUCGGAGAACAGCCCUCAAGGAGCCUUGCAGGGAGGACCCAGCCUGAAGAGGAGUUUCACAGCAGAGCAACAGGCAGAUGGUGAUGCAGUCAGAGAAGCCAUAUCGUUACUUCUACAUUCCAGUGAUGAUUCAGUGAUCCGCAGCAAGAUGAGGGAGACGUUUCAGCAUCGUCAUCAGCUUGUCCAUAAUCCAGAGAUGACCACUGAAGUCCUAAAAAUGUAUCCAAGAUUUUUGGAUGUGAAGGGAUUGGUACGUGUAUCUGCUAAUAUGUGCACAUAAUAUGUUUUUCUUUUGCUUUUGGAUAUACUAGUGGUUGCCCGUAGCGUAUGCUUGCCUGUAGCGUGUGCUUGCUGUAGCGUGAAAAUGCAGCGAAAAGUAAAAUUACCAUUACCAUCCAAAAAACUUCAAAAUCAGGGAUGCACACCAUUGUGCCAUACUCAACCCAUAUCCAAAAUUGUAGGUCGAUCUGACAAACAGUCAGCGCGAUAUGCGAGCCACAGACACAGGUGACAGACGGACACACAGACGCUAAUUACCUCAUGACUGAAAUUAUUCGUUCGAUUCCCCUCA